UUCCCUUGAACCAAUCCGCAGUUGGGCACGCACUCACGUAGCUCUGAAAUACAGAAACCUUUCAAAUAGUUCCCUUAUAGCUAAGUAGACCAAAAAAAAGAGAGAUGAGCCCAAUCACUGCGGAAGACAAGCUGAACUACAUAAAGUCCAAAGUGGGCGAGUAUCCAAACUUUCCAAAGGAGGGCAUUUUAUUCCGCGAUAUUUUUGGAGCACUGACCGAUGCAAAGGCCUGUGUUUAUCUGAGGGAUCUGUUGGUGGAUCAUAUUCGGGAAAGUGCGCCCGAGGCGGAAAUCAUCGUGGGACUGGACUCACGGGGCUUCCUCUUCAAUCUUCUCAUAGCCACUGAGUUGGGUAUUGGAUGCGCCCCAAUUCGUAAAAAGGGAAAACUAGCAGGAGAAGUAGUCUCCGUGGAAUACAAAUUGGAGUAUGGUAGUGACACCUUUGAGAUGCAGCGUUCCGCAAUCAAGCCUGGUCAAAAAGUUGUAAUUGUUGAUGACCUAUUGGCCACAGGUGGUUCCCUAUUCGCUGCCGCCGAAUUGAUCCGAAAAGUAGGUGGAGUUGUCGUGGAGAGUCUGGUAGUAAUGGAACUGGUUGAGCUGGGGGGUCGCAAGAAACUGGAUGGAAAAGUACAUUCCCUCAUCAAGUACUGAAAGUUAUUCAAAUUGUGACGAAGACCUUCCACAUUUGCAUUUACCUAUUACCUCUUAAUGUUAACAUUUAAUAAACCAGAGGCACUUUUUACAAUGGAA